AUGCCUCGCCCUGGGAAAUUCCGCGAGGAAGAGCUGCGUACUACUCAUCAAGCUCAAUCCAUUCAUCGCUACGCAUUUUCUUCUUCUCUUUUUGUUGGCCGAACUCCGACUGAUCCUCUUCGUUCUCCAGGAACUACCAGUUCGCGCCGUCGUCGUGAGCAAGACAUGGCGGCCGGCCCUUCCCAGAGUCAUGGGCGAGGAGCUCCUCGCUCUUCUACCACUCGCCUUCAAAGCUACCAAGAGGAAAUGGUACAUAGCGACCAAGGGGCUCCCGAUUGGGGUUGGAAUUAUGAAUACGUGCAUCGCGACGAGUACGCCAGACUCGAGAAUGAGCGCGAUUUGUUGUUUCGUGCCCUCCAACGCCAGGUAGCCACCAAUCCGCCUGCGCAGCCUCUUCCCAGCAUACCCGGUCUUAUAACCUCCGAGCAGCGGUAUGCUCUGGUUGCCUAUAUUCUCAUGUGCCAAGAGCAAGAUCGAAUCGCCGCGCAUAACCAGCUUCUUCGUGAAGCGGAAGUUGCUCGUCAAGCAGAGGCGCGAGUUCGCCGUGAGCGCCGUGAGUGCCGUGAGCGCCGUGAGCGCAGUGGCACGUCCUAUUACUAUUAUAGAUAUGAAUACAUAUGCCAAUGGAUUGAAUGA